UGAUGAUUUUUUUAUUUUCUUUUAAGAUCAUCAUCGCAAUGGAUAAACUAUCAGUAAAGGCUAUAACGUUAAUAGAGUUAUAGAUCUAUACUAGAUAUCCGGAACUCUUCGGUAAAUCUCGGCCUCGGAAAUCUAUUUUCGGCGAGGCAUGCUAGCGCGCAAGUGUAAUACCGUACAUGUGCGUUUCAAAUUCACUCGCUAAAGCUCACCGACGCCCGUUACAGUUUAUCGCUUCAUCCAAUAUUUACGCCCGUUAGAAUCUGAUCUUACUGCACUUUGUCUUAAUCUUCUUGAAUUGAUAAGGAUAUCAACCAUGUGCGUCUUAGUACACUGGGUGGAAACAAGGAACUGUUACUUCUAGCGAUUUUGUAACAAACAAAAAGAUGUCGGUCAACUUGGUGGACCCGAAGUUUGAGGGCCUGGUGGAGUCCGAAACCCCGCAGAGAAACGGCCGAAACAUUGGCUGGGAUGCGGAUGUGGAAGGCCAAGGUGUUAGUGGCCAGUGAAAAAAAGCUGAUGUACUAAAGAAAGAGAAGGAGUUCCUAAACACCGCAACCAGAGUAGAUGAGGCUAUGGAUGAGUCUGAUGCCACAGAUGAGGACAUGGAGGAUGAGGCUUCAACCUCAAAAAAAGAUGUGAGAAAGAGGGUUGGGAAAGCUGACAGAUCUGCUAUGGCAGAGCUUCUAAAGAAGAAAAAGACUGAAGACCAGCGGAACCAUAAAGCACACACAACAAGCAUGACAACAAUUUCCCUGCACUCCCACGGGCCAAGUACGUGCACGCAUGGGCCAGAAGCUGAAAGAUGUCCGUGCAUCUCGAAGACGUGCAGAAAAGCAGGUUUAAGUGUGAUACCUUUUUUUUUGUUUGGAAAUAAGCCUUAAUAUUGCCUCA